CAUCCCUGUCUAAAGUCAUUCUGCAGCAUUUCCUUCACCACGAUUAUUGGCCUAGAUUAAAUAAAAAUAACAAUUUGAACACUGAAUCAUAUUUCUACAUCAGUGUCGUCAACAUGGCCUUGCUUAUAUUCCUUUUCGUGUUCUUGGUUGUUCUGAUAGCUUUGUUGCUGCUUGUGAAGCUGACAGGAUCGUCGAAGGGCCACGGGGGACCCCCACACCUGCCGGCGCUCCCGAUCAUCGGCAGUCUGCUCAGCCUGCGCAGUGACAGCCCGCCACACAUCCUCUUCCAGAGUCUGCAGGAGAAAUACGGACCGACGUAUUCUCUAAUGAUGGGCGCGCAUAAACUGAUCCUGGUCAACCACCACGUGCACGCCAAGGAGGUUUUACUGAAGAAGGGGAAGAUAUUCGCCGGGAGACCCCGAAGUGUCACCACAGAUGUACUGACCAGGGACGGGAAAGACAUAGCGUUCGGGGACUACGGUCCCACCUGGAGGUUCCAUCGGAAGAUCGUGCACGGAGCCCUGUGCAUGUUCGGGGAGGGCUCAGCCUCCAUCGAGAAGAUCGUUUGCCAGGAGUCGCAGUCUCUGUGCACCGCCGUAUCCGAGGCGGCCUUGCGCGAUCUGCCGCUGGACCUAGCACCGGAGCUCACGCGGGCGGUCACCAACGUGAUCUGCGCGCUCUGCUUCAACUCCUCGUACCGCCGGGGCGACCCGGAGUUCCAGUCCAUGCUGGGCUACAGCCAGGGCAUCGUGGACACCGUGGCCAAGGACAGCCUGGUGGAUAUCUUCCCCUGCUUGCAGAUCUUUCCCAACGCGGACCUGCGCCUUCUCAAGGACUGUGUAGCGGCCAGAGACAGUCUUCUGCAGAAGAAAUAUGAUGAACACAAAGCCGACUACAGCGACCACGUGCAGAGGGACCUGCUGGACGCCCUGCUGCGGGCCAAGCGCAGCGCGGAGAACCACAACCUGACGGAGGCCGUAGGGCUGAGCGACGACCACGUGCUCAUGACUGUCGGCGACAUCUUUGGCGCCGGCGUGGAAACCACGACGACCGUGCUCAAAUGGGCCGUCGCCUACCUCAUCCAUUACCCACAGGUGCAGAAGCGUAUACAGGAGGAGCUGGACAGCAGGGUGGGCCGUGACCGGACCCCCCAGAUCAAAGACAGGGGGAGUCUGCCUUACCUGGAAGCCACCAUCCGGGAGGUGCUGCGGAUCCGCCCCGUCGCCCCCCUGCUCAUCCCCCACGUGGCCCUCGCUGACACCAGUAUCGGAAACUUUGCUGUAAGCAAAGGUGACCGGGUCAUUAUUAACCUGUGGUCACUGCACCAUGACGAAAAGGAGUGGAAAAAUCCAGAAAUCUUUGACCCAGGUCGUUUCCUGGACGCAGAGGGCUCGGGUGUGGCGCUCCCUUCUCCCAGCUACCUGCCGUUCGGUGCGGGCGUGCGGGUGUGUCUCGGGGAGAGCCUGGCCAAGAUGGAGCUCUUCCUCUUCCUGUCGUGGACGCUGCAGCGUUUUACCUUCUCCGUGCCGGCGGGCCGGCCGCUGCCAAGCCUGGAGGGGAAGUUUGGGGUAGUUCUGCAGCCGGCCAAGUACGAAGUCCACGCCACACUGCGAGCGGGAUGGGAGUCCUGAUAGCCAGCGAGGUGGCGACCACACACUGGGGUUACCUGGUGUCGGGUUUGAUAUCAGGAUUGUUCUGGGCGACUCAGUAAAAAGGGGCUGGGAACCAUUCGUAACCGUUGUAGGCUCAGUAUCAUGAAAAGAGGGUCCAUUUCGAUUACGUUUGAGUUUUUCACCAAAAUCAUCGCAAACAUUUUGGCUAAGCUAUGGUUAAGCAUUAAGAUAUGCAUGGCGACUUGAGUCCGAGGAUCUUCACAGACGUGUGGACGGAGGCGUAUAAACCUGCCUUUAUUGGAGUGUGCUGCGCUUCCUUUCAGUUCCGUCCGCUGUUUGAUGAGAAGUAUAUCAUUCUUACGUUUUGAUACGAAAAAACGCCACACAAUUUAGCCAUGGCAUAUCGAGUGGCAAAUAACAGUUGAAGGGUGCAUCAUUGUGCAGCGUAGUCUCCGAAUCACUAGUAAAUUGUGGGACUUGUUCAGAUUCUAAACUCUUGAAUGCUAAUAUGUUGUAGAUACAUUUUCUAAUAAUCAGGCGUUACACAAUUAUCGGUCAAUAACAUCAUUUAAUCAUUUAUACAAUCCCCAAAACAAUAAACAUAAGGAAAAAAAAAAGGAGAAAUUUAGUAAUUCAUUACACAGAUAACAAAAUGAGCUUAAAGACAGAAAAACACCUGGCACCAGCAACUAUAAGGCUUUUUGGUGCUAAAAGUAGAAAAGUGCUGAUUUUGGAGAGUAAAAAGUUAACAAAUCAGUUAAAGAGGAACAUUGUAAUCAGUGCAGUGUUGCGCUUUAAAUGGCAGCCUUCCAACAAUUGAACUUCAUUUAAGAACUAUAACUAACUUGAAAAACCGAAAUGAGAAAGUACUCUCAGUUCAAAUGUAUGCAUUUAUAGGCAUUAAUAACAUUAUUGAUGUUUGAACCAAGCAUAAUUUCAAGUCUGAAAAAUAAACGUAUUAUGAGCUUUACAAUUGCUGGUUAUUGAUGUUAGUUACGUACGAGUACAAUGAGUUGUAGAUGACAUGUACAAUACAUAUUCUUACAAAAAUAGUGAUGGCCUACAUUGUUUUGAAAAUCAGGCAGAAUUUAGACAUGAAUGUAUACUCUCAUGAUACGCAGAAAAUAUGUUAAACUUGCUUCUUUCUAUUCUUAGCAGGCCAAUAAUGUUCAAUGUCCUUUUUAAUAUUUAUUUUUAAUGCAUCAGACAUUGAACCACAUAAUUAUCCAUGUAUUACUUGUGUAACUAUAAUGACAAAAAAAAAGAUUUCUGUACAAUAUUAUGAAAUCAAACAUAAACAUCGAUGUUCAUACAUGUAUUUUGUGAUAUUUAUGCCCGACUCUGUCUCCUGAAUGUUUAAAAAAGUACAGUGUGAUAAAAAGGCCUGUUACAGUUCCGUAUUGCGAUCGUUUAUAUUUUUCUGAUAAGAAGCUACAUUUGCAUAUCCCAGACCUAAGGCAGUGACCAUGAUGACCAGCAUUCAACCUGUAAGACCAACUUGGUUAACAUGCCAACAAUUUAGCAAGCAAACCUCAGAAAAGCUAGCCAACAGUUAACUUCAAACUGUUGACCCAGGACUUCAAACUGUUAAGGGAAUUAAUAUAUUGCUAAACUAAUUUCUCUGACUACUUUACGGAUUUUUUCAAACAAAUUUACAUCAUGUUUGUAAUGCCAUUACUUAAGGUUGACAACAUACUCUCCCUGGUGGCCGACAUCAGAAUUACAUUAAACGUUUCACUAGAUUAGGUGCGAGUGAGCUAGAUAAACACGUCCCAGACGCCACCAUCACACCCAGCUCUAUACAGAAGGCUACCACAGCGCAGUGAAGGCGUUAGUUUUACAGUUCAUGAGAAAUAACAAAUGAUACACGUUAAUGGGCUACACAGGCAUACUGGCCAGUAGUGAACGUGGCAGGAUGAACAAAAGGUGGAAAAGAUUCACCAGUGGACAGAUUCAUAGUCAGUAGAAGCUAUGAACAGACAGGAAAAAUCAUUUGCUUCCUAGAUAUUCACAAAUACAAAUUCGUAUUGCCUGUGACUACUAUACUAUAGUAGUUGUUUAAUUGCAUAGACUUUAAACCCUCAUUAAAAAAGUUAAUUUAUUCUACGAUAGGAAGUUGCUCUACAACAGGGAGUAAUUUAUUCUACAGGAGGUAGUUGUUCUGCAACAGGAAGUGGGGAGGAGCCAGCCUGAGCUGUGCUUGCAGCGUUUGUGUUGGCUAACACAGAUUGUCCUGUGCCUUAAGCCUUACCAACAAAACAACUACAAAAUAAAUCAUUGAAACAAAUCUAGAACAU